AUGCCAGAAGAAACCAUCAUGAACAUGUUAAAGGAUGAAAAGAUUUUGCUAAAGGAUUACAAACCGCAAAUAGACGAGGAAUACCUAGACCCAGUUGUGAAGGAGCAACUAAGCAAAGAAAGAGCAGCAGAUGGAAAUGAUGAGGACGAACAACUGUCAUCGCCACCUGCCAAGCGGAAAAAACUCAAGGGCAGGAACAAAAAGAGGCCAAAAUCUGGGAAAAAUGAAGGAAUAAAACUGUGUAAUGCUAUCAAGGAAGGAAGGGAAUGUAAGUUCGAGAAAUGUACGUUUAGCCAUGAUGUGGUUGCUUACAUGUCAGCAAAGCCGGCAGACAUUGGAGAAAACUGCUAUUUGUUCGAAAAAUAUGGAAAAUGCCCGUACAGUGUCACCUGUCGAUUUGCCUCAAAUCAUUUGAGUGAGGAUUAUAAGAAUAUCGUAAACGAGAAUUUGCAGUCUCAGUUUGCGGAUAAAAAACAAGUGCUGAACAUCAUACAGGGUGAUCUGAAGUUUGCUUUGCAGCGGAAAAAGUAUGAUUUCUCAGCUGCCAAAGCUGCUACGGAAGCCGCUGUAAAAAUGACUAAGAGUAAACUGGAAGCUGGUGCACAGGGUAAUUCAGAAAAGCUGACAACGCUUGGGUGUGUCACAGAUGAAGGGGACAUCAGACUGCGGGCAGCAGAAAGAAAAAAGAUUUUUUCGGAUAAGCUGUACUUGGCACCAUUAACAACAGUAAGUGGGUAAUCUCCUUUCCGGCGGAUCUGUAAGGAGUACGGAGCCGACGUAACCUGUGGGGAGAUGGCUAUGUGUGCAAACAUUCUGCAGGGAAAUGCUUCAGAGUGUGCUCUGCUCCGUAGACAUCACACUGAAGAUCUCUUCGGAAUUCAGAUAUGUGGUGGGUUUACUGACACAAUGACCCGGUGUGCACAGUUCCUGGGUGAGAAUACAGAGGUGGACUUGGACAUCAACUGUGGCUGUCCCCUGGACAUGGUUUUUAAAAAGGGGGAAGGAAGUGCUCUCAUAGGAAAAGCAAAUCGAUUGGAGGAGAUCGUGACAGGCAUGUCAGCUGUCACCAGUCUACCAAUCACAGUGAAGAUGAGGACAGGGAUUCAUGAUGGAAAACAUUUGGCUCACAAGCUUAUUUCACGACUGCGAGAUGUUGGUGUGGCCAUGGUAGCGGUUCACGGCAGAUCACGUGAGAUGCGGUAUACAAAGUCUGCAGACUGGGACUAUAUCAAAAUCUGCGCCGCGGCUGCUAAGCCUAUGCCCAUAUUUGGAAAUGGUGACAUUUUAUCAUUUGAAGAUGCUGACUUUCACAAAGAAGCAUCAGGUGUAGAUGGGGUCAUGGUGGCAAGGGGCGCGCUCAUCAAGCCCUGGGUGUUCAAGGAGAUCAAAGAGAGGUGCCACUGGGACAUCUCAUCCAACGAAAGGUUUGAGAUGCUGAAGAGCUAUGUGAAUUAUGGCCUGGAGCACUGGGGUUCGGAUCAGCAGGGGGUAGAGAACACCCGCAGGUUCCUGCUGGAGUGGCUUUCAUUUCUACACAGGUACAUACCUGUUGGUAUUCUAGAAAGAGUGCCACAGAAGAUCAACGAACGCCCUCCUCCAUUUUGCUGCCGGAAUGAUCUGGAAACUCUGAUGGCCAGUAGUUACUGUGGAGAUUGGAUCAAAAUCAGUGAGAUGUUACUGGGACCUGUGCCUGAUAACUUCACUUUUCUGCCAAAACACAAAGCCAAUGCCUUCAAAUGAGAAAAUCAGAUCUGAUGACGACUUGAUGA